AAGGGCUAGAGAGAGACACGUUGGUACUGUUUGAGAGAGUAUUUGGGGACAUACAGUACCUUCCUCCCUCUGACUUCUGGCCUCUUGAGUUUGCGUAGUUGCAGUAGCACCUACAUGGUGUCUACAGGACACACAGCAGGAGGACUCUCUUUCUUCAUUGUUAUGUUCAUUGUAUCUCCUGUUCUUCUACCCGAGCAGAGCUGAGCGAUUUCAUGGAGGAGCUCUGAGAGACUGGAUAACAAUCUCAGCCAAUGAAAAACUAAGGAGUGGAUUUGGGACUUCCAGCUGUUGAUGAUCACUGCGUCGUGAUUGGCUGGAGCGAUGACAGUCAGCGGGGAGAAGCUGGAGGGAGGCAGAAGGGUGUCAGAGGUGGCGACCCCUCAUGAAGGAGGCUGGGGUUGGAUGAUUGUUGCUGGAUGUUUUCUUGCCACAAUCUGCAUCCGGGCAGUGACCAGGUGUGUUUCCAUGUUCUUUGUGGAGUUCCAGCUGCACUUUGAGAAAGAUUACUCAACAACCGCAUGGAUCUACAGUCUGGUCGUCACCACCAUGCUUUGUGCUCCUUUGGGUAGUUUCCUUGGCCACCGUCUCUCCUGCAGAGCUACAGUGACCCUGGGAGGUCUGUUGUCCUCUGCUGGUCUGGUCCUCAGCUCCGUUGCCUCCUCUCUGGAACAUCUAUACAUCUCCAUGGGCAUCCUCACAGGUAUUGGCUUUGCUCUCAGCUACACACCAUCUGUAGCAAUGGUUGGAAGGUACUUCAGUGAUAGGAAAGCUCUGGCCUAUGGAAUCGCCCUUUCCGGUAAUGGCAUUGGGACCUUCAUCUUGGCUCCUGCAGUCCAGCUGCUUAUUGAGCGUUACUCCUGGAGAGGAGCUCUGCUUGUGCUGGGAGGGUUUGUUUCCAAUCUGUGUGUCUGUGGCGCCCUCAUGAGGCCACUUGGAUCAAAAGGCGGUGAAAGGAUAUUGGAAAAAAAUAUGGCAAACCUGGAGAAAGACUGUAUAACAGCAAGGCUGGAUUCUAAAAACUCAAAACAAGAGACAUUGCUGGGAGAGAUCGGACCCUCAAAUCCCAAACUAUCAAAUUGUAACAUAAUUGAGGACUUUAAAUGCAUAACCUUGAAAAAGGCAAACAUUGUAAAGAAAGAAGAUUCAGGACUAACAGAAGCCAAACAAUUGGAUCCCCAUAAGUUUGAUGACACUGAUAGCCCUUCUACCGAGGCUUUACUGGACACAAAAACAUCCUUCAGUCGUCGAUUUCUACCCAAGGAGUUUGGAUUUCUUCUGUUACCGGACUUCCUGUUUCUGUCUGUGUCCCUUCUGUUUCUGGCUUAUGGUUGCAGCACUCCAGUGGUUUACCUGGUCCCUUAUGCCCUCAGUGUGGGGGUGGGUUAUCGGGAGGCUGCCUUCCUCAUGUCCAUAUUUGGAGUCAGUGGCAUUGUGGGUAACAUCACCUUUGGCUGGAUCACAGACAGAAAGUUUCUGAGGAGCUAUCGCAUGCUGACCUACAUGGUGGCAAUUGCCAUGGAGGGCCUCUGCUGUAUGUGCCUCCCUCUCCUCAACUCCUUCUCCCUCCUGGUCACGUUUUCCAUGAUAUACGGGUACUUUGACGGGGCGUAUGUAGCACUUAUCCCAGUGGUGACCUCUGAUGUCGUGGGCCCCACUUACAUGACCUGCGCUCUUGGUGUGGUCUACUUCCUGCAUGCUGCCCCUUACCUGGUCAGCCCACCAUUAGGAGGUUGGUUUGUAGACAAGACAGGAAACUAUGCAGCCACCUUCUUCAUCAGCGGGACUUCCUUCAUGUUCAGCGCCGUGCUCUUAGCAGCUGCCAUGUUGGUCAAACGCUGUCAGAGGAACAAAGCUAACUCAGCUUCACAACUUUGACCCCCUGCUGCUUCUGCUCAGCACAGCAUCGUGUGAAGAAAAGAUUUUGCCCCACUUGCAAUAUGUGCAUCACCACUACUUAACUACUAUGACGGUUUGCAAAUGAUGAAGGAAAGGGGUUAUUUUUAAAGUCACGUGUCGCUGUUGUGUUAACACAAAAAACCCCAAGGCUCCGAAAGUUUCAGAGAACCCAAAGCUAUCCAAAUCAGUGCCUGUUUUUAAAGACAAAAAGUUAUGACUGAGAGUUUGUGUUAUAAUGACUUGUUAUUUUGUUCCAUGUUACUUAUUUGUAGAGGAUUUAUUUUGUAAAACUAAAGCACUAAAACCAAAAAGUGUGAGCUGGUUGCCAUUUGUGUUUCAGUAAAAUCCAGAGUUCAGUGAUUUUACAAAUAUUGAUAUUGACAUGCUGAUAAGUGAUUCAAAAUAUAUUCUAGUUUUAUUACUUUAUUUUUAUCAAAAUUGUGAUGUGUAACUUUAAAUAUAACUUUAUUUUUCCAAACUGAAUAAGAACAAACAAAAUCCCACAAAUGUGUUGGACUUCAAUCAAGUGAUCUUGUUAUUUGUCAUUUUACCUCUAUUUUGAAAUAUCACUAAUUACAGAAAGUCCAAAAUAUCAACUAACAGCAUUUGACCCUUAAUUGUCAGAAAUGAACUCUUGAGUUAAUGCAUUUUUUUUGACAGCAUAGGUUUUAUAUGCAUUGAGAUGUAUAUUCCCCUUCCAUUAAAAAGACUAUAAAAUGUCAUAAAAUUCCAAUGUUGACCAAAAACUAAAAAGAAUCCAUAAAAUCACACUGCAGACUCACUUAUUGUAAGAGCUUCUAUUGGAUUGUAUUUUGAUUGCUGGUAAUAGUUACCUGUGUUUUUGUAACUGUUGCCAGAAAUGAUGGCCUUAACAACAUCACAUGAAAGCUGUUUUAGUUAUUUGUAAUUUUUUAUAUUUAUUAAAUAUUUGUAAAGGUG